AUGACAAUAACAGAUUUAGCUCGACAAAUGCAAAAGUACUUGCUGACGAGGUCAGAUACUAAGGAGUUGGUGCUACAGACAUGGCUGAAAGAUAACGUAUCGCCAAUUGUCAUAUUUGACUUCUUAGGUGUCAAAACUAUGUCUGGUCUGGUUGGCGAUGAAGAUGCGCUUGCUUUGUGUCUGUGGUAUGUCCGAAUGUACUGGGAUGUUUGGUGUCCUGAUCACGUUAAUACUUCCUUCAAAUACUCCACGUUUUUGGCUCUUUUUAAAAAAAUGUCAAGCGAUGACACGGUGAAGACGCUAUUUACGGAUUCACGCUAUAAGAUACUCGACAAGGAAGUUGAUUUUGGGUUCGGUAGCCACUUAAAAAAUCUCAAGUUUAUGUCGAUAAGGUCUCGCUGGUUGUUGAAAGACUAUAAGCCGCAAACUAUUUUUCGUUCUUUUUUCCCAUCAGGAGAAUUUACGGAUCGAAGUCAUGAAACUUUGCAGGUUAUCGCGUUUAUUAACCAAUACCGAUCGCAAGACACGUUCACCAAAAAAGCAACCGGACCUGCGUUGAAAGACCUAGCAACUGGUAUGCUUGAUUACAUUUCCGACCCUUCGACUAUGAUAGAAGUAGAUAAGAUGACUCCACCCAUUUAUUGGCAAAUUUUUGUAGCUCAACACGCCGAAAAUGAACGUUUGCUAUCGAGAUGGCACGAAUAUACCACUGAGUGGAGUGUUAAACACAAGCUGGCAUUUGAAGACGUGAUAAAGCUGGAUGUGCCGACUAGUCUUCAAGUGGCCGAACGGGAAACUCUUAAGCGAAAAUCUGCCGCGGUAGUGCAUACGAACGAGUUGCAACGGGAGGGAUCACCUGCUCAUAAGAAGCUUAGAAGAAAUCCUUAG